CAGCUUACAACGUCCCCGAAUAGCUGCACCGUUGGUCAUGGUGAUACCGGUGGUACAUUGCAGUCAUUGCUAGUCACCGUCGUUGGGCAUUGGUCGACACACCAUUGCUGCUCAGCCAACUGAAGCCUUUGAAUGGCCCACGAACCCAAAACAAUGAGAGCUAGCGAGCGAUUCAAGAGGUGCGCCCCGUGGUGGCUGAGCACAAGAGAGACACCACCUGCACUAGAUUACGGGCUCACUCAGGGCUUUCGGUUCCACGGCCAUUUAUUCACUCACUCAGUCAUUCAUUCUUUCAUUCGCAAUGGACAUGACAGGAGACGGCUCCGAACGUCCCUACGGUUCCGCAGCCCUUGGGCGCCCUAGAUCUCCCUCUUCUUUCCGCCGUCUUUAAUCAAGAGAUGCUCUUCCUCAUGGGUCAUGGAAGCCCUGUCAGUUAGUGUCGCGCACCCGGGCUCAUGGGAAUGAAGGGAUGACAGGAUGAAUAGCAUGUACACUAUAGAACGGAAUGUACCGUUUGCGAGCCAGUCGGUGAACCGUUUGCUUCCCCGAGGAAGUGACCAGGGCUGGCUGCCAUGGGCACGGACGGAGACAAACGGGGACGACGGGGAAGAAGAAGAAGAAGAAGAAGAAGAGAGAGGUCAAGGAAGACCCUAUCUGGCAUCAAUGGGAACAAGGCCCGCGGCACCAUGGCCCCCAUUCCGGACUCCAGGGUGGUUAAAAGUCCAGACGGUCAGGGUUCCGCGUCCAGGCCCCCGUCCAUCCCAUAAAAUCACCAUUCCUUUUUGGCCGGCAUGGGUAGUCGAGGCGCCCCAAAAUCCAUUCCCCGGGUCUUGUGUCCCGAGAUAACCCCGGCUUGAAUUGGCUGUCAGUGCCUGUCAGUUGCAAGAACCGUUCGUUCUACAUAUUAACCCCCCUUAAAACCUCCGUUUUCUUGGUGCGUCUCGCGACUCGCGACUCACCAGCGGACCGGUAGGUGGGAGGAAUCAUUCACGUUGCUUCAACUUUAACAACAUUUGUUCCCUCCUCCCCCACCUUAAAGAAUAAAAUCAAAUAAAUAAAUAAAAUACCACGCACCCUCACCGCCUGAAAUGAGAUACGUAGGGGGAAAGUGUGUGGACUUGUCGGCGGCCAGAAAAGCAACUCUCGCCCACACCAAAUGCACACUUCUACACUACACCGUUUCUAUUUUCAAGCUUGUUUGUAUACCGUUGCUGUUGUCUAGCACCGCGGUUUCGCGGGAUGAAAAAGCAAGCAAGCCAAAUAUAAAAGCACGGCUGUCAACUUGUCAAAACGGCAGUCAAGCAGCAAGCCACAACAAGAAGCAAGCAAAACGACCCCUAAACAUUUGUUAGUAUCACACAAACAAGAAAAGGUUUGUCUUGCUUGUUUGGGGGGCUAUGUCAUUCCCAAUUUGGGAUUUUGCCCUUGCUUCUCCAGC